CAAUCAAAAAAAGUCCUUGCUUGAAUCAAUUUACUUUUUAUAGCUACUUGUGAAAUAUAUGAAAAUAUCCUCAUCAGUUUCUCAACAUAGUCUGCAAAGUGUGAUUAAGUGAUUCAUUGAGAACAGGAAAAGGUUAAAAUCUAUUAUUUAUCUUGGUGUUUUCAUAUUCUUAUUGGCAGCUCUCAUGUCCCCUAGAACAAGGCGUCAGAUUGCUGGAAAAUUAAACCAGAAACUCAGGGCUACAAAAAAGGAAAUGUCGAUGAAUGGAGAAAAUCUUGUCAAAAACGGUUUCACUCGAAUUGUGGCGAAAUGCGAGAACACUAACGUAGCUUACGAACGCGUUGAAACCAAGAACUCCAUAUCUCCAACGAAGCACGUGGAUCACAGCUCCGAUUUCAAGAUGAGUUGCACUCUAUGUUUGCGUGCUGUUCCAAAAGACGACAUCAUGUUCUCAAACGAGUCACAACAUCUAAACAGUUUGGAUGAGCUUCAACGCUAUGAAAAAUUGACCAACGUCCUCUCGUUGGAACAGGAACUAGCCACAAUUUAUUCCAUUUGUCGAACCUGCUGGAUGUUAGUAGACAUGUUUUUUGAUUUUAGACAAUGUUGUUCUCGAGCUGAAAGCUGUGCAAAGUUGACCUUUGAUGGACUACGGUUUCAGAGGGACACAGAUUCUUGGUUGUCCAGGUAUACUACAGAUAAAAUCGGUCAUAUUCAUCGCGCCAUUCAAAAACAAAAAGAACUCAUUGAAAUCGAAGAAGGUAAUCAAGUUGCGGUUGUAACACCUGAAUCACUUAUUAAGAUAGAGGUGGAAUACAGUGCAGUUGGGGGUGAAAAUGACGUAGUGAACAAUACGGAAUUUGUGGAGAGCGAUGAAAAUAUCGAAACUGAAAUGGUUGUCUUGAAAAGUGAGAGCAACAGUGAAUUUUAUCCUGAAGAUCACGAACCAGCACUGGUAGAUAAAAUUGAAAUAAAUGUUAUAACUUGCGAAAAAUGUAAGAGACGGUUCGACACAAAAAGUGGAUACAAAAUCCACGAUAAAUAUUGUAACGCACAAAAACCCAACAAGGCGAUCCACAGCUGUUCCAUUUGUUCUGCAACAUUUACCGAUCGCCGCUCCUUGGAAGAUCACAUUAACAAACACAACGGCAUUAAACCCUAUAGCUGUCAACAAAAAUGCGGCAUUUCCUUCUACAGUUUCCAAGCAAGAAAAUCGCAUGAAAAAUAUUGCGGCAUCGAUAAAUUGAUUUGCUCCAUUUGCGGUAUCCAGCUAAGCUCCAAAGGGACCUUCCAACAACAUAUAUUAUCUGUGCAUGGUGAGGCAAAAUUUGGCUGUAAAACAUGUGGACGUAUGUUUAAAUCAAUGAAAUCUCGCAACAAACACAUGCUAGUACAUUCUGAUGAGCGAAACUAUCAAUGCGAGGUAUGCACGAAGGCAUUCAAAACUUCCUACGCACGGUGGGUGCAUCUUAGGAUUCACACGCAAGAAAAACCUUUCGCGUGCACCAUUUGUGAUCAAAAGUUUACCUACAAUUGUUCUCUAAAGACGCACAUUCAGCGAGCCCAUGGAAUAUCAAAGUAAACAAAAUUACUUAGAGGCAACCCAAUAAUUUUCCAGAAUUUCUUCGAUAGACUCAAAGGUUUUAUGUAUUCUUGUCUAAGUAGUUAUCCAUAUCAUAUCUGGUUCGGAAGUUAUGAAAAAUGUUUUUUUGAAAAUCAUGAAUAAUAUUCAAUAAUCUUUAAUAACUUGAGAUAUAGCACCUUGUGCUAAAAUGAACAACAUAUGAUUGCAAGCGAACAAUGCAAUAAGGCCAUGCAUUCGGUUAUUAAUACUUUGUAAUGCCCUUCGAUGAUCAUUACCAAUUCGAUAUGAAGAAUAAGAAAUAUUUUUAUUGAUAUAACACCGUCUACCCUGUUCUUGAUCUUUCCCCGUGAACGAUGGAUAUGAGUGCGAUCGGCAAUGGUGGUUAUUAUGUUGCAGAGGUACUAAUAUGGAUCUAGUAUGAACUCUUACUUACCUUUUAAUAAGCAAUUCGCCUGAGUUAUCGUCACACCGCAAAGGAACUUUAGUAGAUGUGAAGUUGUAUUUUCAGUACUUGAUGCAUGAUGUUAAUCCUAUACACAACAUACCCGAAUUGGAAAUUAAAAUCACCAGGUACAAAAAUUCCAUGACACUAUGAUAACGACUUCAAUU